AAGAAGAAGAAGAAGAAGAAGAAGUUGUACAAUGAAGUAUGUCUGUUAGCUUCAUAUAGUAUCAUAAUCUACAAAAAACUAGAAUGCGUAAACUAGAUGUGCAAACUGGUCAAGGCAAUAUGGGGGUGCAAUACGAUGAUGAUCCUCUUAGUUACAAAACCAGAUGUCCAUGAGAAAACCUUAAUCAGCUAACUGGAAUGUGUACAGACAUCAUGUUAUGAAAAUAAAACCGGUAAUCGUUUCACUGCACUUUGCAUCAAUGCAAUCCAUAGUGUAAAUAUGCAAUCAAUACAGUGGGAGUGAUAAUCGUUACGACGAUUGCAUGAUACCUUCAGUAGUAGUUUGAAGCUCGGCAAGAUGCAUUCGCUGAUUACGAUUCUGUGUUUAAUUAUUUGUUUGCAAUUGGAAAUAGGAAGCGUAUUGAUUCCGGGAGGAGAUUUAAGUGCUCCUAAUAUAGAGGAUAUAGUUUUACCUAACAGAAGGGAAUCGCUAACUGAUUGUUUCUUCCGUUACUUCAAAUAUGGUAAAUCAUCGAUCAUAAAACCUGCCUACGGGCAACCAACAUACCUACGAGAGUUUGCACAUAUGGCAGCGAUCGGAUGGACGCAACCGGAUAGCAGUAUUACGUGGAACUGUGGUGGAUCGUUAAUAUGGGAGAACUAUAUCCUAACGGCAGCGCACUGUGCGGAGGAUACUCAAAACAAUAAACCGGAUGUGGCAAGAUUUGCAGAUUUGGAUCUGUUCAACGACACAGACGAUCAGUAUGCUCAGCAGGUAAAGAUCGUAGAGAUCAUAAGACAUCCGGAACAUAAGUUUCGGGCGCGUUACCAUGACAUUGCCCUCAUGCGUCUGGAGCAGAAGGUUAAAGUUCAUGACACUGUUGCACCUGCCUGUCUGUGGAUUGAUGAUGAGAUUCGUUUCAAAACCUUUGAAGCCACCGGCUGGGGUGACACAGGAUUCGGUGAAGAAAGGACACCGAUUCUACAGAAGGUUUCUCUAUCUCCGGUUGAUAAUGAGCGCUGUAAUCAACAUUAUCUGAAUCUCCGAGGAUUGCGAGACGGUUUGCAUACAAAUCAGUUGUGCGCUGGGGAUGCUCGUAUGGACACAUGUCCGGGUGACUCCGGAGGCCCGUUGCAGGUUAAGCUGCUCCACAACACCCGCAUUACCCCGUUCCUUGUCGGAGUGACGUCAUUCGGGACUGCGUGUGGUUUAUCUGUGCCAGGAGUUUAUACAAGAGUAGCUCCUUACAUACCAUGGAUUAGGAGCGUGUUAAGCGAUCGCGGUGAAAAUGCGACAGAAUGGAAGUUUCAACCACAGGCGUGUGCGUUACGCUAUGCACAGUACCGUGAAUACGAACCGAGAGUUGUUCUAUACAAAGAGAAUGGACAAGAGUCGGUGGAUCUAUCUGAAGCUCAUCUGUUUAACGAAGCAUCCGAACAGUUGGUAUCAAUACAUUGGAAUGACACAGACGAUCGGAAGGAGUGCUUUGGUGUGAUAAUAGACGAAAGUACAGUGGUUACUCUUGCCCGAUGCACAACAAAGGAAGGAAAACAGCCAUCUUAUGUGACAUAUCGAGCAAAUGAGACAAAUGUAGUUACUCGCUCCUAUAUGCAUCCCAAUUGGACCGAAGGUUCGCUUUAUGGAGAUGUAGGACUACUCAGACUGAAGGAACCAAUUCAGUUUUCUUCGGAUUUUACACCUGCCUGCAUAUGGGAACGGGAUGACUUACCUGAUCCCGAAUUUGAAGUAUCUGGUCGUGGAUUGCUAGAGCUCAAUACCAUCUACGUGGAUGAAGAUCCUUUAGAGACAAGCGCUUAUCUUAAUCGUACUGUCGAAGUGCUCGGUGUGGUGCAGUUCCACAACGGUACGAACUGUACUGCAUUACCUGGUUUGUUAGCGGCAGAACAUCUUUGUUUCGGAGAAGUGUCGUUCCUUGUUCCGGGUACUUGCCAACAAGCACCAGGAGGUCCGAUACAGCGUGAAAUUAUGCGAUCCUCCCGCAGCUUAAUGUAUGUGUACGCGUUGAACCUUUUCGGUCGUGACUGUGGCUAUGGAGAAUCGGCUGUAGGUGUGCGAUUGGCUUCCCAUAUGCCAUGGAUGGAGUCGAUCCUGCUACCAAGAACAGACGAACAAGCCGACCCAACUGAACCAUUUAUAUUUUUAAACCCUGAUCUGGAAGAAGGGGACACUUGUACUGUUGACAGUGGCACUGGAAAUGGUGUGUGUACCAGUGCGGUCAAUUGUCCCAUCAUGAUGUAUCGCUUCCGUCAGAAUCAACCGGUGAGAUUUUGCCAGGCGGGAUCAUUGUUGUGCUGUCCGCGUGAGUACAUUCGGAACGAAACGGAUGCGGAAUGGAGAGAGAUAGAAAGCUGUGUAAACAAUCCGAUUUUUGCAGAAGAUCUUAACCGACAUUUGGUAACGGUUCGUUGGAUGGUCGGACAAGAGACGCGUGGUUGUAUCGGGACAAUGAUCACUAGCAGAACCUUUUUGGUAGCUGCCAGUUGUCUGGAUGAUGGAAUUAUUGAAAUGUAUGUACAACUGCAACUUAUUGAACUCUCAACGGAAAUAUUGAUGGCCGUAGAGAAGCUGAUAGUACACCCAGAGUACGAUAGUUCAACAAAGCGGCACAACAUUGCACUGGUAUCCACUUUUAAUCGUACUGAAACAUACUUCGGAAAGGUGCCAGUAUGUCUCUGGAGCAACGCAACCCAUACACCAUUUUAUCUUCAACAAAUUGGUGUGGCAGAACAAGAAGAACUGACAACAUCAUUUGCCUUCACAAAGUUCAACACUGACUGUGAUCGUAAGUUUGGAAGGACUCUGGCAUCGCAUGAAUUGUGUUUGGAUGUAGAACAUCCCGAGGAUAGAUUUGUAGUUGAUGAAGGUUCACCUGCGUUCUGGACACAGCAGGGAUCCGUCAACUACCUGGUUGGUAUUGCUAGUCACAGUGCUCCAAACGAUAGUAGUGUGUUCAUGCACACGCGUAUAGCACCGUAUGUAUGCUGGAUUAAAAGUGUCUUGUGAGAUGUGGUUGGUAGGGUAGAUAUCCUGACUUCAAACGGAGGAAUUUGAAAAUAAAGGAUCUAUUUCAUCAAGCAACACAAAGCGACGAAACCAGUUGCAUGCUCAGUUAGACUUACUAAAAUACAAAAAGAACCCAGGCAGCUGAGCACUACAGGUCUGCAGUCAAAUGUUGAACACUCGUAUUUUUGGGCAUAUUAUUGUCAACUGCAAGUUGUUGCAUUAAUUCAAAGGUUAUAAAAAAAUAUAUGUUGUCAAAUUAUUUCUGAUAGUUAGCUGUAUAUCCAUCACUUUUAACAUGAUCCGUUGAUUUCCUUUCAUGCAAUAAGUUUUCAUUGUUUUUACGAGCAAACUUUUGCAUUGUUUCCCAUCUUUCUUUGUUGUCAAUCACAGGCGGAAACAGAUUUCCAUAGAAGAUAAUAAAAACGGUCGGUCACGCCUAAUGUUGUUAUCAUUGUGAAUUAGAGCUGAACGGAAGGGAACAAAGCUCAUGUUUCGAUUUAGAAUCGCUUACCACUCUCUUUCUAUCAGAUGGUUUUACUUUUGCUCCUCCGUAGGGCAGAGCAUAUGUAGUUACGAAACAAACAAAUAAAAAAAUCCUGAAACUUU